AAAUUACCCUCAAUUUGCAAUUUCGCUUAGAAGGGCGAUAUGCGAACCGUAAAGAUAAAUAAGUCCGAUCCUAAAACUAAAACCCUACUCUCUCUUCUAUAAGCAAGCAGGUACUCUGUGGAAACUUUACCUGAGCUGAGGCCACAGAAACGUCGAUACGAGGAUGGCUUAUCGCCGUAGCCUGUCGACCAGAGCUACGCUUAUUGCUCGGGUUAAUAGUUCCUCUUUUAGUUACAUUCCUCAUGAUCUCGAUCGCAAACAGAACUCUUCUGAUGAAACUUUGUCUCAACGAAAUAUUCAUAACUUUAUUCAGCCAAGAUUCUUUAGAAGCUACUUCAAUGAUUCAUAUGAGUCAGGUGGCUUGUUCCCUGGUAAAGGAAUUUCGAAAUUUGCUCUUGGGCCAAGUGCGGGUUCUGCUUAUUGUAGGUAUAUGUCAACUACAGUUGGUGAAGGAUCAGAGAACAUUGAAUUGGUGAGUGAUGUGGCAGAGGUUUUGAAGGAUACAGCUAUACAAGCUGUUGCUAAUCAGGUCCCGGCAGUGAAUGAAGUUGCUGUUGCCGCUGCUGAUUCUUUCUUACCUGUUGCAGCAUUGCAGCACUUUAUCGAUACUGUGCAUAACUUCACAGGCUUUAACUGGUGGGCUUCCAUCGUGGUGACUACUCUUUUGAUUCGAAGUAUGACAGUUCCACUUUUGAUUAAUCAACUUAAAGCAACUUCAAAACUGACAUUAGUUAGACCACGCCUGGAGGAAAUCAAGCAACAGAUGCAAGAUCAGGGGAUGGGCCCUGCGACUAUAGCUGAGGGUCAAAAACAAAUGAAGAACCUUUUUAAGGAAUAUGGUGUCAGUCCAUUUACUCCAUUGAAAGGGCUUUUUAUUCAAGGUCCUAUUUUUAUCAGUUUUUUCCUCGCGAUUUCAAACAUGGCAGAGAAAGUUCCUUCAUUUAAAAAUGGUGGAGCAUUCUGGUUUACAGACCUCUCUACUCCUGAUAGUUUUUACAUCUUCCCCAUCUUGACUGGGCUGACCUUCUUGAUUACGGUAGAGUGUAACGCACAAGAAGGAAUGGAAGGAAAUCCUGCAGCUGGCACUGUCAAAUUCAUUUCAAGGGGAUUUGCUGUUCUUUCAGUUCCAUUGACAAUGAAUUUCCCACAGGCAGUUUUUUGUUAUUGGAUUACAUCAAACCUGUUUUCUCUUACGUAUGGUCUAGUGCUUAAAGUCCCGGGAGUCAAGAAAUUCUUGGGUGUUCCUGAGAUACCUUUGGCUCCACCAACUACAACUACUACACCACAACAUUCUUUCAAUCUGUUCUCUGCGAUCAAACAAGCCAGUGAAGCGAAAGCUGCACAACAGGCCUCUGCUUCAUCACCUGCUGAGCAAUCAAAGCUUACAGAGCAAAGAAAAUCUUCAUCUGCAGUCCUCAGUCAGAGGCUAAGAAGUCUAGAAAAACAAGUAAAGGGAAGGAAGAAGAACAAGAAGAGGUAAAGCUCAUCUUUCAUUACCAUAAAUUAAACCCACUACAGGAUGAGAUAAUACCACCAUUAAAUUCAUUGUAUCUUUGUUUCAAGUUAGUUUUUUAUAAUAGAUAUAUUCAUCGAGAUAAUGGGUUAGUGUGACCCAUAUUGAAAGAGAGCUCAAAACUUGCUGCUAAUAAUGUUUUCACGAGAACAGAGAAAAUUUCUCCCAAAACAUUUUAGGAUUUUGGCAGGGUUAGCAUAAGUUGUCAGCAGAGAUUCCCAGUUUAACAGAAUAUUCAGUUUUGACUGCUUGAAGACUUUUCAAUGGGUGAUAUAAUUGGUAGGAUUCAUUGCAA